GAAAAUUGUGUUUACUUUGAGCCCAGGCGCUUGAUAAUUUGUGUGCAGUCUUUCUGCAAAAAAGUUUAAUUUAUUAUGUCUGACGAGGAUAUAAUUAAACGCCGCUUAUUGAUUGAUGGAGAUGGCACUGGUGAUGAUCGCCGGCUUAACAUGCUUCUUAAACAAUUCUUGAAGUGGACUUUCUCCAAAAAUGAUUCACCGGAAAACAAUCAAAUAAUCUAUGAUCGCCUGCUGGCACAAAUGGCACAAUGUGAGUUCGCUGCUGCGAAAACCGACUACACUUCUAAGAUGAUACAAGAAGAGUUAAAAAACUAUGCAAAGUUAUCCGACUCCAUUGAAAAAAGUAUUGAAUUAGCUAAAAACGAAAUAGAAGAAAGUAAACUUGAACUCGUAUUAGCAAAGCAGAUACGCAAAAAUAAAAUGGAGUACGAUAUGUUGGCAAAGGUGAUUAAGGAACAACCUGACCGUAAAGAUACCACGAAACAGAUAGAUGCACUUAAAAAAGAUCUUGCUGAGUUGAUGGAAAAGAAAAUUNAUAAUUAG